CUGAGGCCCACAUUCCAUUUCAGAGCAUUCUUGGGGAUGUGUUUCCCUGGUGAGUGGGUUCAAAACCUAAAAGGGUGGGCAAAGCAUAGUCCAUAGCUUCCCCUAAAGCAGGGCAUCAUGGGAUAAUUUGGAUCAUUUGCAGGGUUGGGAGGCUUUUUUUUCCAAACCAGAAGUGAUCAUUCUAAUACUCAACUGUCAUAAGGUUGAGUUUAAAAUGCCAACAUAUUUUAGCUUAAAAUAAAGGAUACAAAGCGGGUAUGUGCCUCCAAGUGAACUCUCAACUUUACCUACAUGUUGACUCUCCACUCAACAAUGAGUCUACUUUAGUUGGGACUAACCAAUACAACUCAGACUAUAGUGCAGCUUGUGUGUUCGUAACUUGGUUAGAGUUGUUUUAGUUAUAGCUUGGGCUGAUGUGCAGUUUUUGGACUAGUUUAACUGGCUAUGGUUCACUGUCUUGUUGGCUUUCUAAAUCCCUUAAAAGAUUUCUGUGAUGGUGAGAAGUGCCUCGCUGUAAAUUAGAGGAAUGGAUGCUAAAUUUGUUAAAUAUAUGAACAAUGGCAAGAUACUCAGCAAGACAGACAGAGGUAGGAAGAAUCAGACCUCAUCUCUCACACAAACAGUUAAUGUCAGUUAAUACAGGAAAGCCUGCAUUCAGGACUUCAGUUAUAAAUGAGGGCCAGUCCAUGGAAAGCCAUUAACUGCUGUUCAUUUCUUUCCAUUCCAAUGUCAUAGCUGGUGGAACAUUCACAUUCAAAAAAGCAAAGGGAAACGGCUAACCUGCUGGAAUUUUCCACUGCAGAAGAGUAUGCGGGAGUAAUCUCGAACCAAGCUCUGUUGUUUGCCUUCCUCUUUGCCACUUGCAUGUCCUCAUAGGUACAUUUUACAAGAUGGAGUUAUAAUACUGGAAGAUGGGGGUGGGUGCCAGGUGAAAUUCCUGGGAGCCUCUCUGUCUCCUGAUUCCUUCCCCUCUCUGCAAUACUACUUGGUAUCACCCUGCUAGUAACUCUGAGAACCUUUAGCAAUGCAAAGAUUGUGCCACUGAACCCGGGUGUUGGUGGGACUCUCAGAGGAAGCCAUUUAUGACCGGGAUGUCUAAGAGACAAAGGUAUGUGAUGCCUGUGUCAGAAUUGGUCGCAGCGGUCCUCGUUGGUUGGUUUCUUGGGUGUUGAUGAGUUUUAAAGAAGCCUUCUGAAACUAAAUCAAGGUCUGUCUUCUUCCAUUCAGCAUCCCCAUCAGUCAUUCUUUCCGCUUCAGGCUAUUCAAGAUAGAGACCGUUGUCUGCAAACAAGUGGGACCCAACGUUGAUGUAAAACAUGGUGUGUGAUGGUAGAGGCUUCAUGAACCAGCUUGUUCUCCAGCUGGGAACCUGUGUUGCAUUGCUUGGGUUCGUCCUUCCCAUCCUACUCCCUAGCUCAUUUCCUCAUGUCACAUACAAUUCCUAUGAGGUGAUCAUUCCAAGACAGUUGGUGGCACAGGAAGGAGAGGAGGAGGAUUCCUAUAGCAUCACAGCAGCAGGGAAGGAGUAUAUCAUUCGACUAAAACCCAAAAUGACCUUUCUUACUAAAAACAUUCCUGUAUUCACAUAUGAUUCUGAGGGGAAUCGGAUUGAGAGUCAGCCCUACAUCCCUGCCAAAUGCUACCAUGAAGGGUACGUGGAAGGUGUGGUAGAUUCACUUGUAGCACUCCGCACUUGCAAUGGUCUGAAGGGAUCUCUGAAAAUCAGAGGCAAAGAUUAUGGGAUUGAGCCUAUUGAAGACUCAUUAACAUUUCAGCAUCUUCUCUAUCUGACUGAUGAAGUGGAGGCCAAUUCCUCAGUAUCCAGACUGGGAGCAGAAGAGGUGGAGUGGCAGACAAAAGAACUCAAAAGGCAAAGUAGGGCCCUUGGGAUGCCUCUGACCAACCCAAAACAUCCAAAGUAUGUUGAGCUCUAUAUUGUGGUGGACAAUGCUUUGUUUCUCAUGGAAUCUAGCAAUCAAACGACAACGAUCUACUUCAUUUUGGAUGUAAUGAACAUGGUGGAUGCUCAGUUCCAUCUUCUGAACACACAUAUCAGUCUAAUUGGGCUGGAAAUAUGGAACAGAGGCAACCUUAUAAGUGAUUCAAAAGACAUCACAACUGCUCUUGAUGAUUUCAAUAACUGGAGAUUGAGGCAUUUCACCCGAUUGCCUAAGCAUGACACAGCCCACUUGUUCAUCCAUCAGAAUUUUAGUAACAUCUUUGGGAAGUCCUAUAAAAGUGGAAUCUGCAACAAAAAGUUUUCUGCAGGGGUACAAGCCUAUGGAGGAAAGGACAUGGUCCUCUUUUCAAAGGAGGUUACACAUGAGCUUGGCCAUCACUUGGGGCUUGAAGAUGAUGACCGUACCUGUUUCUGUGGCCCAUACAAAAAUUGCAUCAUGAGUUCAUUUAAGAUAACAGUCAGUAUGUUCAGUAACUGCAGUGUUGAGACUUUCUUAGAACUUAGCCUAAAUAAGCGUUUGGAAUGCCUAAACAAUAUUCCCCAAAAUGUUGAUGUUGUCCAGCGUUGUGGCAACGGUGUCCUUGAUAUUGGAGAAGAGUGCGAUUGUGGUGGACCAAGGCAAUGCAAGAAGGAUGGCUGCUGCAACCUCGACUGCACAUUUAAGGGGAAAUCCACUUGUUCCUCUGGACCAUGCUGUAGAAAUUGUCAGUACCUUCCAAAUGGACACGUCUGUCGGGACAAGGUGAACGAGUGUGACCUUCCUGAGUAUUGCAGUGGGACUUCAUCAUGGUGCCGCACUGACCUCUAUGUGCAAGACGGGACACCAUGCAGUGAGCAAGCAUCAUACUGUUAUGGAAAGAAAUGCUGGACCCACAACGCCCUGUGCAAAAGAAUCUUUGGUGAAGAAACUCAAAUGGCAUCAGAGAUUUGUUUCCAUACAUUGAACAGUAUUGGGGAUGGGAUUGGCAACUGUGGCCGUAACCACAGACUAAAGAAAUUUAUAAAAUGUGACGCGAAAGACAUCAUGUGUGGAAGACUACAUUGUACUGACAUCGUAAUUGUCCCCAAUGAUAUUAAAGAUGUGAAAAUUGUAAAGGUACCACUGGGGAAAACCAUGUGCUGGAGCAUAGAGUACCAUGGCAAUGUAGAUCGAUAUGAUGUUGGAGUGGUGCCCGACGGCACUGUGUGUGGCCCGAAAAAGAUCUGCAUGAACCGGACCUGCGUCUCUGCAAACAUUCUGAAGCAAGCGUGCAAUGCAGAGAAGAAAUGUAGCGGCCGAGGUGUUUGCAACAAUCGCAACAAUUGCCACUGUAAUGUGGGCUGGGCCCCACCCUUCUGCAAGUAUUGGGGUACAGGUGGAAGCAUUGAUGGAGGAUUUCCUUUAAUGUCCUGGAGCACCUCCCUAAUGAGAUAUACUUUUGGCACUGUCAUUCCUCUGGCAUUGCUGGCGAUCGCUGCCGUCACCGUCAUCGUGCCCAAAUUGUGGGGACUGAUGCCCAAACUUCGCCAACUGUGGGAAUCUAGAACUGUGAAGGUUUCUAACAGCUGAAGGAGAGAGGACUCUGAAAUGAAGAAUGUCAGAGCGUAAUACUGACCAGAUGGGCUUCUUGUUAUUAACUUGAAGGCCAACUAAGACAUCAGCUAACCUGGACAAUUCACUCCAAAGCAUCCCUGCCCAUGCAGUGUUGAACAAACAGUGUUGAACAAACACAUUGUCCUUGUCUCUAGAUUUUGAAAUUAAGAAAAUGUCCUUAUAAUGCUGUCUUUGUUCAAAUAAAUCUUCAAAUGUGUUCCAUUGGAAAGCAAGGGGGGAAGGUUUGUGCUGAAUUAAUUUAAUUUCAUUGCUUGGAAGUCACAUUCCAUACUCUGUAAACUUGUCAGAUACAGUAAAUCUUUAGAGACCAUCUGAGGUACCAAAUAGUAAGACUGUUCCUCUGUGAGUUCCAGCGACACUGAUUUGGGCCUUGUAUGAUUUAAUUCACAGCCAUA